UUUGGUCAUGUGGUAGGCUGUCAGUGCAGGUCACAAAGUUUGACACAAGUUUUGCAUGAAAGGCGGAACGCGGAGCUGUUUGUGCUUGGAGGAGAUACUUUAUCAAACAAAAAGGGUGGAGAAAAAUCUGCGAGAUCGAAGGCCAGAAUGGAAGGCACCGCUCAGAAAAUGUUAUCGGGAUUUAGAUUCAGCUGGGAGCCCCUGAAAGAGCCAUUAGGAUUCAUUCGAUUACUGGAGUGGGUCUUUGCAAUAUUUGCUUUUGCCACCACUGGAGGAUACUCUGGAGAGACUGAUAUUCUUAUUAACUGCUCUGGCACAACACCUAAGGCUCAGAAUAUAAACCUCCAAUUCUUUUAUCCGUUCAGGCUGAACCAGAUUUCAUUUGUCGUGAACUGCUUAAACUCAACCAAAGAGACGGUGCACCUGGUUGGAAAUUUUUCCUCAUCUGCAGAGUUUUAUGUCACCAUAGGAGUGCUUGCAUUUCUCUUCUGCACCGUCAUGCUGGUAGUCUAUUUGGGCUACCAACAUAUGUAUCACGAGAACAGUCAAUGGGCCAUCGUAGAUUUUGUGUUGACUGUUUUCUUUGCAUUUAUGUGGCUGGUUUCUUCUUCUGCCUGGGCAGAGGGAUUAUCCAAUGUCAAGAAGAGUACAAGCCCUGUAUAUAUCCUGUCAACCGUAACAUUUUGCAAAGAUGUGCCAAAUAGUUGCACUCCAGGUGCCUUACCCUCCAUGGGAAAGCUCAACGUGUCAGUGAUCUUUGGCUUCUUGAACUUGAUCCUGUGGGGGGGCAACUGCUGGUUUCUUUACAAGGAGACCCCCUGGCACAAACCAGCCACUACUCAGGGUGCCACAGAAGAAGGAACUCCCUAAGGUUAAGAAAUUUGAAUCUCAGAGGUGGUGUGCCCAGGAUGCUCAUUCCUUCCUUCCAACAUAAGACGGAGGCCAAGUGUAAAAUCUUGGGGACACAAGCCAAAAACUGACCUGUACUCCUGUAUAAAUGGCUGCACUGAUUGUUGUUUUUUUUUUUUUUGCAGCCACAUAAUUCCAGAAAAAAAAAACCCACCAUAAUAAAACUGUUUUCUUUUCUAAAAAAACAAGGACUUUGCAAACAAGGCCGUGUGCCUGCAAGAACCUUUUGGUUAUAAUAACUCCCAGUAACUUUAAGUUCAUAGCUUUGCACUUCAGCAACACUAGGAGAUUUCUCUGUGAUGUUGGGCAUAAUUUGCCUAAAAAGUGCUCUGAAAUUUUCAUUGUUAUUUUUUUGGUUUUUGUAGUGGGGAGCUUAUUAAUGUUAUUAGCACUAUUAUUCUUUUGUUUCACAUUAUAUCUGUAGAAUAGAGUGAGUACAAUUGGAUCAUUCUGUACUGAAAAAACAUUAAUGCAGGCUUUGGGGAGGGGGUAAAAUGCAUUUUUAGGCAGCUUUCAUACACUGUUUUCUUGGGUUUUAAUGGUCAGGGUGCAAGGCACUAAACUACAUUUUCUUAUUAAACAAAAUAUUGUUUACAUCCUGGUUUUGCAUAGGUAUACUGUUUCUGGAAUAUUGGAGAAAGGUUGAGUCAAACACAAUUGUGCAGCCAAAUAGUUUAAAAAAAAAAAAAAAAAAAAAUUGCUGACCAAUCAGCUAAUUCUAGCAUUAAGCUAACAUUGACUUUUCUUAAAGAGCAGAGUGUAAUUGUUAUAUGUAUUGAAUUGACGGCAGAAAAGGGUGCAGCUCGCUAAAAUAAGGUAAAUGUGUUUCCUAUUUUUAAAAAAAAAAUUACAUCACAACCCCUUAGUCACUAUGUUUGAAGCUACUAGGCUGGUUUCCAUCUGCAUGUUUUUUUCAUAGUCUCAUAGCUGUCCAAAAAACUCCAGUUGUGCACAUGCAUGCCAUUACUGUUUUUGAGUAUUGCCACUCUGAACUGGAUUUAUGUCAAUUAUCAAGUGUGCAGGGGUUUAUUCUGAUUCAGAUGUUAUAUACUGUACAUUUAAAGUUGCCAAUGGUAAUAGUUAAAUCAGAGUGAGUGUUACUAGAUAGCCAACAUGUGAUUGUGUAUGUGUGCAUUCUUGUUAUUUAAUUAUUUAGCUGACGCCAACUGGAACUGUAGGUCUGAGAAUUAGUGCCAGACUAGCUUUGAUUCACCAGGAUGUUCCCUAUUAGAAUUAAUUUCAGAUGUUAACAAUUAAGGCAGGUUGUGUCACCCUUAAAAAUAAAGUGUGGUUUGAAGUAA